AGAGACUCUGCUGUCCCAGGAAAGCUGACUAGCUGGGAUGUGCGAAAUCAUCUCUUCCACUGCCACCUGCAGCAGUGAGAUUGGCCAGAGCUAACCUACAGAUUCAGUUUCAGAAAAAAAAGAGCAAGAUUGCAACCAUCCUAUCAUCCCAUAAUGGCUUCCUCAGUGACUCCACUUCUCUCCCAGUCUUCUGGAAAAUGCAUAUGUGAGAUCUGCGACUGUGGACGUCACCAUUGCCCUCAUCUCCUAACAAAGCCCUAUGUGACGGAUGAGAAGCCAUGCCUCCUUUCUGAGUAUACAGACAAAUACCUUCUUUACCCCUUUGCUCCACCAAGGGACUCCUUCAAACCCAAAGCAGAAUACAACAAGCAGCCGGUACCCAUGGAAGGUAUUUCAACCGCCAGGAGAGAUUACGUCCCUUAUGAAGUGCGACCGAUCAAACAGAGACCUCCUGAUAAAUAUGUCAAGAAAGAUGAAACUAUGGACCUGCAAUCCACCUAUAGGAAAGACUACAACCCUCACCCUUUAACGCGAGUGCUUCCUUGCAUACCCCAAUCACAACACAUUUCCUCAGGGGAGAUGACAACAAUCCCAACAUACAAAUGUGAUUAUGUGCCAUGGAAUCAGCCCAAAAGGGACAUGAUUAAGCCAGACAAUGCUUACCGUCCAUCAGAUGACAAAUUUGAUCAUAGGACUACUAACCAGGAUGACUACCUCUACAAGGGUCCUGUUAUAACCAAGAGCUUCAAACCUUUUAAGCCACCUAAGAUCACAAAUAUACCUUUGGAUGGUACGACUCAUUACAAGUUGAAUUAUGUCUCACAUCCUAUCCAAAAACGAUAUGUCCAUGAGCCCGAGCCAUUCAAGCCCAGUGAUGUCCCUUUUGAAGGUCUCACCACUCACAAAUUAUCCUAUAAAGGAUUAUCAGGUGAGCCGGCAAAGUCAAUGAAACCGCCUUAUAUAAGGCCAGACACGGACAUAUUUGCUGGUUCUACUGAAUUUAAAGAAAAGUACCAAGCUUGGCCAACGCCUGCCCGUUUCAUCAUAAAGCGUGAUGUUUACACACCACCUAAGGAGAAGAUGAAUCUUCAGACAACGGCACAGACACAUUAUGGCCAUCCUCAUGGACGCCCAGCAACGUCAUGUAAACCCAUGGUCCAGAUCGCUGAGCACACAGAGCCUUUUGCCCAUCGCUCCACUACAAAGGAAGAUUACCAGCCUUGGCAAAGUGGAAGGCGCGCGCCUGUGCUCCCUCACUCAGAGAUCACAUUGCCAGCUGUGCCUAUGGAGACACUGACCACUUUUCAGGAGCAUUAUGUGCCUCACCCUCUUCCUUUCACUAAGAGCUUCAAGCCUCACAGGCCAGCAGCAAGGCCUGAUGUACCAGUGAAACAGGAAACCACCUACGCCACAAGCUACACGCCAAAAGAAAUUCAUAUAUGCCCUGCUUCUUUCAAAGAGCCACCUGGGUAUGUUUUUGACAAGAUUGAUGAAGGUGGACACAGGCGGUUCCGACCGGCUACCGUGGCUCAAGCCCGUCGCUCGUCAAACUCAAAUAUUGCCAGUCGGAAAGGUAGCCCCACUGGUAGCAGGCCAAGCCAAACAGCUUUCAAAGCGAUACCACUGAAAGCCUGAGAUUUUACAACCUACGUUUAAACAGACUGAUGAUUUUAUUUCUUCAUGAAAGCUAUCAAUAUAAAGCCAAAUUCUGUAGAACUACACCUUCUGCUAUAGCUGAAUAAAUAACUAAAGUUAGAGGAAAGUAAUAUUUAACUCUCCUACUCAGACUGAACUAUC